AAAGGAAGCAGCAACACGAGGAAGACAAGGAGCAGAGAGAGUGAGGAAGAAGCAGGAAGAGGAGACCCGACGGGAGAAGAGUCAGGCAGAGGAUCGGGAGACACGGCAUCUGGGUUUGGUGGACUAAGGCUCGAGGGGAUUGUCGGCAUUGCAGAAGAUUCUGACGGAGAAGGAGACAUUUCACUGGAACCUGGAGUAGGGAACAGAGGAAAAGUAUCUGGAGACAUAGCCGGUGGAGAAGCUGAGAAACUCCAAGGAGAAGGAGCUUCAGGCAAAAACGAAGGUGCUGCUGAUAUGAGUGAGAGAAGGGUGAAGGCGGUGCACAGAGAUACGGUCAUGGUUACCAUGAAUAGGUCUCUCUCUCUCGGUUGCUUUGAGAAUGUUUGUGAGAGACCUUUAGAGGUUUAUGGUCAGUUCAAAGGAAGCAGAGAUUCUCUGAUCGAUUUAAGAGCAGAUAUUACUGCAUUUCAUUUCCCAUCAAAAUCAGACACUGAAAUAUAUGUUAAGACUUUUUGCUCAAGAUUCUUGCUAUGCUUUUCCUCACUACAUUCAUCUGAACACAAGUAA